AUGAUGCGAGACAUGCCAGACAAUAGGUGCCAAUCUUGGACUCCUGGCAAUGAAGUGGAGGUUUGGAGCGAAUCGCUCCAGUCCUGGCUGGUGGGGCAAGUUGUGGAAGUCCGUGGCAACAUGAUCGACGUGGAGUUUGUGAGCAAGGUUCAUGGCAUCUUCCACAAGUUUCGCAAGCGGAUCUGCCUGAACUCGGAGAAUCUGCGUCUGUGUAUGCAAACAGACGCUGAUGUUGAGCGGGAGCAAGAUCCAGAUGCCUUCUCGUGCAGUUUGUCCGGACGCAGGGCCUUGAACUCUACAGGUCUGGAUGUGGAAUGUGAGCAAGAUCCAGACUUCUUUGUCAGUUUUUUGCCAAGUUGGUUUGGACGAGAAAAGGACCAGAAAUGCUGCAGCAAGAUUUUAGAAUUCCUGGGAAAGCCGUUGAAGUCAAAAGGUGUGUGGGUGAACGAUCCAACGUACAUGUUCUCUCCAGGAGACACGGACAGCACGAAUGGUGGGGCAGACCAAGCAUUCACUCAGAAGUACACCGAGCUCUUUCUCACGCAGAACAAGGAUGGUCACGAAUUACUUUAUGAGAAAUACACACCUCCGACGGUUUCCGUUGUGGCAGGGCUGGAUUCCAACAUCAAGAAAUCAGUGCAUGCUGGUGCCGGAGGCAAGUUGGAACUAACAGAGUUGAAGGGCCCGGCAGCCUCCUGGGAAUCGGAUCUGUCGGCAUUUGCUGACAAGGCAUCUAGCGCAGGUUCAGAAAAUUUGAAAUGGAGAGUGCUUGUCAUUACUCACGCGGCACGGCUUGGUUCAGCAAAUCUGGCAAACCAAUUUAAUGUCGACAUGAUGAGCAAAAAGGCAUCCAGCCACCUGCAGCAAGUCCUGCGUGAUUCCCAUCAGAAGGAGUUGCGGAAUCAGCCAGACAAGGCAGAAGAAUCCAUGAACGAGUGGUUUGCUUCGUACGGAGAAAGCUACGUCGUCAAAGUUUAUCUUGGAGGCGUGUUGGAGUUGACAUUCAAAAAGAUAUCUGGGCCCACAAAGUUCCGAGCUCACUUUGACUUGAAUGGUCAAGCAGCAGAUUUCAAUCAGGCCAAGGCUGCUGGCGGCGUGGGCGUGGGGCAAGAGGAAGCUGGCUUUGAAACCAAUGUGAGCUUUGAUCACCGCGGUGGAGGUGUAAGCCUUCCACCAACUACAUGGAAGGCAGGAACCUCAGUCCAGGACCUCACCCGCAGCAUCAAGAAAUGGCAGGAGUCAGUUGCACAACAGCCUGCAGUAGUGAAGGCAGACUUGUGCAAGUACACGGAGCAUCAGGAGUUCCGAGACAUGAAGACUAAGCAGUGGCAUGACAAGACGAUAUUUGAGGAAGAGCUACAGCAUCAGGCUGGGAUCGUGCAGGAGCGCGAGAAAAAGAUUCGGGAGAUUGAGAAGCAGAGGGGCCUUGACCAGCAGCGCUACGAGGCAGAUCUUCGGAAUAUUCAGGAUCAGAGGGACCUUGACCGGCAGCACUACGAGGAAGAACUUUUGAAGAUUCAGGAUCGGAGAGACCGUGACCGGCAGCAGCACGAGAAAGAAGUUGGAGAGCUUCAGCAGAAGAUAGAGCAGCAAGCGAAAGACUGGAAAGAGCGACAACAGAAAUAUAUGGCAUCAGUGGCUGAGGCUCAGAAACACUUGUCAAACAACACCAUCGCGAAUGCUGUUACUUAUGAGCUGCCCAGGGCCUUGAGAGAUCUCAGCACACAAAUCGCGAACGACCUUGCCGAAGGCCCGAGGCGUAGAAGUAAAAUGCACGCAGGAAGCAAAAGUUUCACGCAGUAG